CUCCUUCUUGUAACAGCCAAUCAGCGGCCAGCCUCUGCCCUCACACACCGUCUCCUCUUGUCUCAGCCAAUGGUCCUAUGUAAAGUUCUAUUACAUUAAAAGCGAGCUUACUGCUGUCGCAGGUAGAAGAAGAGCUUCUCAUAGUUACUCAUUUGGAGAGUCCCACUGACUCGCUGCCAUGGAGGUGAACGGCACAGCCAACAUUCUGUCUUCUGCAUAUCUGGCGGUGGAAUAUGUGGAUUCGUUUCUUCCAGAAAAUCCGCUGCAGGAACCUUUAAAGCAUGCGUGGAACCACAUGCUGCAAAACUACAGCAAAUUCCAGAUCGCCACCUGGGGCUCGCUCAUCGUCCAUGAACUGAUCUAUUUCCUGUUCUGUCUGCCUGGAUUUAUAUUUCAGUUCCUCCCUUUCAUGCAGAAGUACAAGAUCCAACCAGAUAAACCAGAGACAUGGGAGAAACAGUGGAAGUGCUUUAAGAUGCUGCUGUUUAAUCACUUCUGUAUCCAGCUACCGCUCAUCUGCGGGACAUUUUACUUUACAGAGUUCUUCAGCAUCCCUUAUGACUGGGACUCCAUGCCUCGCUGGCCUUAUAUAUUGGCCCAGUGUUUUGGUUGUGCUGUAAUUGAGGACACAUGGCAUUACUUCCUCCACCGAGCCCUACAUCAUCGCAGAAUCUACAAAUACAUUCAUAAAGUCCAUCAUGACUUCACUGCUCCAUUUGGCAUGCAGGCAGAAUAUGCCCACCCUGCUGAGACUGUGAUUCUGGGGGCUGGAUUCUUCAUUGGCAUCAUGGUCUUCUGCAAUCACAUGAUUUUGCUCUGGGCCUGGGUCACUUUCCGGCUGCUUGAAACUAUUGAUGUUCACAGUGGUUACGACAUUCCCCUGAACCCCCUACAUUUGAUUCCAUUCUACGCUGGAGCUCGUUUCCAUGACUUCCAUCACAUGAAUUUUGUUGGCAACUAUGGAUCUACAUUCACCUGGUGGGACCGACUUUUCAACACUGAUUCCCAGUAUAACAAACAUUACACACAUCAGAAAGCUGUGAAGAGCGACUGAUGGACAGAGAUUUCUCUCACAUACACUGAUGCUUCAUCAUCACCUAGAAUGAUCUUUCUUUCAUGGACUCCUGUGUUGGCUUUGGUUGGUCUGAUGCUUUUGCACUGCCUCCUCUUGCACACACUCAUUGUAAAGUAUUUAAAAUUGGACUGAAUGGAUUCGAAUCAAUGCCAGCUUCUUAUAGCAAUGUGCCUUUGAAAAGGGAAAACACCCAACCCACCCCAAAACAUCAUUAGACCACCGAUCACAGUACUCCAAUGGACUGUUUGUUAGAAAUGAAAGUAUUUCAACCUGUGUUCUGUGCUCUCAUUUAUUAUAAACAUUCAUCUGUUUCAAGUAAUGAUGACAUCAUUCCUCAAAAGCACUUUACUUUCACCUUAACAAUGACGCAAUGUUUUAAAUUCUUAUUUUUGUAAUGGCUUUUUUUGGCUUUGUUGCCUUUACUGAUUUUUUGCAAAAUUCCUGUAAAGAUUUUAUAACUUUCCUCAGUGACCACCCAUAGCAUAUAGAUAUGCCUUGGAAGGGAUUUGAAAACAAAGAUUUAAAAAAUCAGUUUGAUGGUUCAAAAGGGAUAAAGCUAUUUGAGGUGUUAGCUUGUUAAUUUGAAGGCAACUUAAUAAAAACAAAUUAACAGAAA